GUUCCGCAGGUGGCAGCUAUGGUCCAGUCCUGAGCGCCCCGCCAUGGCCGGCGCCCCCAGCCUGCUGCGCCUGGCGCUCCUGCUGCUCGGGGCGGUGGGCAGGGCCGGUCCCCGCCCCCAGGGCGCCACAGUGUCCCUCUCGGAGACAGUGCAGAAAUGGCGGGAGUACCGACGCCAGUGCCAGCGAUUCCUCACUGAAGCACCGCCUCUGGCCACAGGCCUCUUCUGCAACCGAACCUUUGAUGACUAUGCCUGCUGGCCAGACGGGCCCCCAGGUUCCUUCGUGAAUGUCAGCUGCCCCUGGUAUCUGCCCUGGGCCAGCAGUGUACUUCAGGGCCAUGUGUACCGGUUCUGCACAGCUGAGGGUCUCUGGCUACACAAGGACAACUCCAGCCUGCCCUGGAGGGACCUGUCGGAGUGUGAAGAGUCCAAGCGAGGGGAGAGAAACUCCCCCGAGGAACAGCUACUGUCGCUGUACAUUAUCUAUACUGUGGGAUACGCACUUUCCUUCUCCGCCUUGGUCAUUGCCUCAGCCAUCCUUGUUGGCUUCAGACACUUGCACUGCACCCGGAACUACAUCCACCUGAACCUGUUCGCAUCCUUCAUCCUCCGCGCGCUGUCCGUCUUCAUCAAGGACGCCGCCCUCAAGUGGAUGUACAGUACGGCUGCCCAGCAGCACCAGUGGGAUGGGCUCCUCUCUUACCAGGACUCUCUAAGCUGCCGACUGGUGUUCCUCCUCAUGCAGUACUGUGUGGCGGCCAAUUACUACUGGCUGCUGGUGGAGGGCGUGUACCUCUACACGCUGCUGGCCUUCUCUGUGUUCUCGGAGCAGUGCGUCUUCAAGCUGUACCUGAGCAUAGGCUGGGGUGUUCCUCUGCUGUUUGUCAUCCCCUGGGGCGUUGUCAAAUACCUCUAUGAGGAUGAGGGCUGCUGGACCAGAAACUCCAACAUGAACUACUGGCUCAUCAUCCGACUGCCCAUUCUCUUUGCUAUUGGGGUCAACUUUCUCAUCUUCAUCCGGGUCAUCUGCAUUGUGGUAUCCAAACUGAAGGCUAAUCUCAUGUGCAAAACUGACAUCAAAUGCAGACUUGCCAAGUCCACUCUGACGCUCAUCCCCCUCCUGGGGACCCAUGAGGUCAUCUUUGCCUUUGUGAUGGAUGAACAUGCCCGAGGAACCCUACGCUUCAUCAAACUGUUCACAGAGCUCUCCUUCACUUCCUUCCAGGGCCUGAUGGUAGCCAUCUUGUACUGCUUUGUCAACAAUGAGGUCCAGAUGGAGUUUCGGAAGAGCUGGGAGCGCUGGAGGCUGGAGCACUUGAACAUCCAGAGGGACAGUAGCAUGAAACCCCUCAAGUGUCCCACCAGCAGCGUCAGCAGCGGGGCCACCGUGGGCAGCAGCGUGUACGCGGCCACCUGCCAGACUUCCUGCAGCUGAGCCCCAGUGCUACGCCUUCCUGUGGUCCUUGAUGCUGGCUAGGUGUCCAUCCCAGGUGGGAGAGACCCUCCCAGGGACAGGGACGGGGAGGGACACAGGCACACACACACACCCCUUGCUUUCCCUUCUCCAAACCUCUCAGACAGGCAAGUGGACAGUGCCUCCCGGGACUGUAGACACAUGUUCUCCAAGGAGAACAGCCUGCUAAUUUAAUCACCCUGGCAGGAAGAGAGGAAGAAACGAUUGCGGCUAAAACGAGGAGGACUCCUUCCUGUUAAAGCCACAAGGCCCUUGGGGUUCCCUCGGACAGAACAGCAAAUCAGCCCUGGACUCAUACUCAAGGGCACUUGCUGGUUAGUGGGGUUUGGACUUGUGAG